ACCCACAAGUGAAAAGGGUGGAGCUGAAAUUUCAGAAUACCGGUGGUAAAUGGGGCGGGAUUUGAGGAGCAUAUAAAAGGCGGUAAGACUUAGUUAAUUUACACAUUGUUUUGGAAUUCCCCCGUCGUGCAACCCAAAAAAUGUUCUCCACAAAAACCGCUAUUGUCUUGCUUGCCGCAAUCAUCGCUUCCUCUGACGCCAUCGAGUGCUAUCAGCAGAACGUCGGAACCCCAAAAGCCAGGAUCAUUGAUAACAUGAUUUCCUGUUUUUCAAUGUACUACUCCAGCGAGCGGAUUGCGUCGUUUGGUGGAAUCAGCAACAACUUCAAGAAUGCACCCAGAAAACAAGAGCUCGCCCUUGCAGAUGGAACAUGUCAUCGAGUUGAAAAGACCGCAUUGGACAAUACCCGCUCAGUGCAUUAUGCCGAUACGGUGAUCUGUUAUUGUAACAAACCCUUGUGCAAUAUGCCAAAUUCCAUCGAAGACUUCGAAAACUCUGGAUACAAGCUCACCGACCAAGACUGAAAACUUCGAAUUACCACCUUCUCCAAAAACCUCCGAAAAAUCUACUUCAUGAAAUGUCCUCUUGCAAUGAUGUCUGACCUCUCCUCUUUUUCUCAAUCUACCUGUCGUUUUUCCAUUCUUUUCCACGUUUCCUCUUUACGAAUUUUUCUUUGAAAGACCAAUAAAGUUGUAUGUUGAUCA